GCGGUGCCUUGUGGGAAACUACUAAUUCGACAAACCGCCAUCUUUCUUUUUGGAGCGUUAGCAGGGCAAAAUAACAACCAGUUUUGAAUGAUAAUUUCUCCAAAACAGAAUCGUUGAAGAAAUUCCUCUUGGUCAGUUAUUGUAAAUAAUAAGUUUACAGAGUUGCGGGUGGAACGGAGUUCCAGAUACUGCCCACAUAUCAGACAUAAGACACAGUAGUUUGGUGUACGCGCUCUACUAACGCUAGUGGAGGUGGGCAACAUGGGCCGAUCUCGCAGCCGCAGCUCGUCCCGAUCUAAACACUCCAAAAGCAGCAAGCACAGCAAGAAACGGAGCCGGUCGCGGUCCAAAGACAGGGAGAGGUCAAAGAAGCGGUCCAAGUCCCGAGAAUCGAAAAGGAACCGUCGCAGAGAAUCUCGUUCUCGUUCUCGGUCCACCACAGCCUCGUCCCGCAGAGAAAGACCAGCCACGCCGCCUGAGCGCAUCGACAUCUUCGGAAGGACUCUGAGCAAGAGAAACGCUUUGGACGAGAAGCAGAGGAAGGAAGAGGAGGAACGAAGGGCAGAGAUGGAAAGACAAAGGAAGAUCCGGCAGCUGGAGAUCGAGGAGAAGCUGAUCGAGGAGGAGACGGCACGGCGAGUGGAGGAGCUGGUGGCCAAGCGGGUGGAGGAGGAGCUGGAGAAGCGGAAGGACGAGAUCGAGCGGGAGGUGCUGCGGCGCGUCGAGGAGGCGAAGCGCAUCAUGGAGCGGCAGCUGCUGGAGGAGCUGGAGAGACAACGGCAGGCAGAGUUGGCGACGCAGAAGGCCAGAGAGGAAGAAGAAAAAUCGAAGCGGGAGGAGCUGGAGAAAAUCCUAGAGGAGAAUAACCGCAAGAUCGCUGACGCUCAGGCCAAGCUGGCUGAGGAGCAGUUGCGUAUUGUAGAGGAGCAGAGAAAGAUUCACGAGGAGCGCAUGAAGCUGGAGCAGGACCGUCAAAAGCAGCAGAAGGAGGAGCAGAAAAUCAUCCUCGGCAAGGGCAAGUCCAGGCCCAAGCUGUCCUUCUCCCUGAAGGCCACCGAAUGAGACUGCUCCCCCUGGUCCACAUGUCAUCCCCCCAGCUCUCCUUCUCCAUCAAUCACCCACUCCUCCUCUGAGGAACACUCGCUUCGUUUUGGAAGUGCUGAAGGAAGGACGGGGAACGGGGUGCAGCCGGUGUGUGAACUUGCUCUUCCCCCCCGGCCUUGAAGAGGAGGCAGCUCAUCGCCCUCGAAGGACCCGACUCUCCUUCCAUCCUCCCUCAUCCCCACCGCACAGAUGAAUCCUGUUUGUGCAUCUUUUUUUUUCUCCACCUUUUUAAUUUUCAUUUUUAGGGAACUCAAUCUCUUGAUGUAGAAUGCUUUAACAUGUCCCUUUCCUGGAAAGUCUUAACUCUGGUGUAACAUUGAGCAGCUGUGCGCCUGCGCUCUUCUUACAUGUCUUCACAGCCAGCAGACUACGAUAGAGCACCAGUCCCUGAUAUAGAAGAGUAUGUGUGACGUUGUCUAGUUCAGUCUACUGUAAAGCUCAUGAGUGGCUUGGGAGUCGGCCUGUGGUUUUCCCGUUAUCAUUUUUUUUUAUCUGUAAAGGUUAUUAAAGUGGCUGACGCAGUGAUGACAAAUCCCAGCACAGCCUCUAAAAGCACAGUUAACUUCCCGUCCAGCUGACAGGUUUGUGUCUUCCACCUCCGUUACCUUCUCUCACCGUGUAGAUCCACAGCUCCUCUUCUUUCUGCUUCAGCUCUGUCUGCCAUGUACAUAUCUUUUUUUUCUAAAUGACAGCCGCAUGUCUAGCUGAGAGGAAAUGUAAAGCUCGUGUUAGAUUUGGAGUCGCUGCGGUGCAGGUGAACUCGGCCUCGACUCUCAAGCCGCCCAUGACUGAACCACCGACCUCCAGCAGGAUGCGUGUCUCGUCUACGAUAAGCGGGCCUGUGGGUACAUUUCCUGUAUGAUGUAAUUUUAUUAGCCUUGCUGUGAUGUGCUGAUUCCCACUCCUCCCCAAGUUAACAAAAAGUCACAGUAAUGGUAAACACUUGAGUUUUGUUUUAUCAGACUCUUUGGGAAAAACAGUGAACUGUGGGAACCACCCGGCCACACACUCCGUGUUCUGUCCCACUUUUGUUGUAGUAAAUGAACUUGGCAAGGCGCCACACUUGGUAAGUCUUGAUUCGUAUAGGAUGGACAAGUUCAGGUAAGAUAAGGUUUGAGGUCAGCAGCAGUGAGUGUGAGAGUGAGUGUGAGAGUGAGAGUGUGUGUGUGUGUGUGUGUGUGUGUGUGUGGGGGGGGGGGGGUUGUGGGUGGGUGAGAGAGAGUGACAGGCAGGCUGACCUCAGGUGGGUAUUAUGACUUUUUGUUAUGUUGUGGGAUUUUGAAUUUGUCAUGUAAUUUCCCCCCAAUUGUCAAGGGAUUGAACAGUUCAAUAAAUCCAUUGAAUGCC